CCGGACGGCUUCCCGUGGCGCGCGGGGCGGGCGCGUUUCCGUGGCGACGGGCGGCGCUUCCGGCGGGCGGCGGAUGCUGCGGGGCAGGCGGGCGGGCGGCCGGGGCGGCGGCGCGCGGGCCGGCAGUAUUCCUUCUAGACUCUGCAAAACAAACUGCAGUAUUUGGGGACCAUGGCCACAGACCCGCUGUCAGAGCUUCAGGAUGACCUGAAUUUGGAUGAUACCAACCAAUCCCUCAGCCAGCUCAAACUGGCCUCCAUAGAUGAUAAGGACUGGCCAGUGGAUGAAGUCCCUGCUUUCCCCAAAUCAGAGGACUCCAAAGGCUCUCCUGAGCCUGUCACUCACCUGCGGUGGGAUGAUCCCUACUAUGAUAUCGCCAGGCACCACAUCGUGGAAGUAGCAGGUGAUGACAAGUAUGGAAGGAAAGUCAUUUUGUUCAGUGCCUGCCGGAUGCCCCCAAGCCAUCAACUUGAUCAUGUGAAACUGCUGGGGUACCUGAAGUUCACAUUGGACCAGUAUGUGGAGAGUGAUUACACACUGGUGUAUCUGCACCAUGGCCUCACCAGUGAGAACAAGCCAUCCCUGAGCUGGCUGCGGGAUGCCUACAGGGAAUUUGAUCGCAAGUACAAGAAGAACAUCAAAGCGUUAUAUAUUGUACACCCGACUAUGUUCAUCAAGACCCUGCUGAUUCUCUUCAAACCCCUGAUCAGCUUUAAGUUUGGACGAAAGAUUUUUUACGUGAACUUCCUUAGUGAGUUGGAGGAGUACGUGAAGCUGGAGCAAUUGGGAAUCCCAAGUCAAGUACUGAAAUACGAUGAAUAUCUGAGAUCCCUGCAGAAACCUUCACAAGUUCCGCAGAAGCCAAUACCCCCACGCCCACCACUGCCAAACCAGCAGUUUGGAGUCUCGCUCCAGCAUCUACGGGAGAAGAGCCCCGAUCAGUUGUCUGUUCCUCUGGUGGUCAGGGAGACCAUUGCCCAUUUGCAAGAGCAUGCUCUUGCAACAGAGGGGAUUUUCCGGAGAUCAGCAAAUACACAGGUUGUCAGGGAGGUCCAGCAAAAAUACAACAUGGGUGUGCCAGUAGAUUUCCAGCACUAUGAAGAUGUCCACCUCCCUGCUGUGAUCCUCAAGACCUUCUUGAGGGAGUUACCUGAGCCCCUCCUCACUUUUGACCUCUACAGCCAUGUUGUCAGCUUCCAGAGUGUGGAGGAGGUGAAUCGUGUGGAUGUUGUUCGCAAAACACUCCAGACUCUGCCAGAAGAGAACUACCAAGUGCUUUGUUUAUUGACAGCCUUUCUGGUGCAGGUCUCUGCUCACAGUGACCGAAACAAGAUGACAAACACCAACCUAGCGGUUGUUUUUGGCCCAAAUCUGCUGUGGGCCAAAGAUGUAGCCAUCACCCUCAAAGCCAUCAACCCCAUCAAUACCUUUACGAAGUUCCUGCUGGAUCACCAGGAGGAGCUGUUUGAGGAUGUGGAGGCCUGAGCCCAGGCCAGCCUACACUAGCACACUGUGCCCACCUUCUUUCCCACCUUGUCUUGGAGCUGUGACCAAGGUGUUUCCAGUGCAAAGGGACCAUUGAUUCCCCAGGUGAUGAGCAGAACGAGGGCUGUGGAGAUGGUGGAAUAAGUGUGUGAGUGAGUGAGCAGGAGACCUGCUGCUCCAGGUGGGGAGGGGAGCUGGUCUCCUGGCUGCUGGGGGUGGAGUCCUAGCCCACCUGCCAGUCUGUGCAGCUCUUCCAGGGCUCAUCACCAGUCUGCUCCCAUGUAAGCUGACCUUCCUUCCUUUCUUCCUUCCCUCACGUGGUUUUUCUGCCCUCCUGGUCCUUUCCAAAGCAAAGACCUAAUUUGUUUAAACACUCCCCAAAGUCCCAGCUCAUCCCCCUUGCCUCAGCUGGGCUAUUGAGGCCAGGGCAGGCUUUCUGGGUUUUUUUGGCAGAGAUGUUCUUGCCGUGAGUCCCAUCUUCUCAGCACUGAACAUGCAUCCUGCCUUUCCCCAAAGGCACCUGAAGCAGUGAAGGGAGCAGGUAGCCCUUAUGCUUUAGGUAGCAUGCACUAGGCAAACACCACUCUGGAGCCUGUGUUUUUGGCAGGCAAGUGAAGGAGAGGCUCAGGGUACCUGGGCUGCAUGGGCCUGCCAGACUCCGACACAGGGGAGCUGAGCUUAGCCCACCCCCCUUUGAGAUGUCCUCCAGAUACUCUUCAGCUUUUGCUGGGGUAUGGUGGGUGAGGUGCCUCCCACAGUUACCCACUCAGGUGUUAAUGUCUCUCUAGCAGCAUUUCCAGCCUUGUUGGGAAGGUUCAUGCCCACCCUGGCUGUGUGUGGGGCCUGGUUGGGGCCAUUUACAGAUAACGAAUCUGAAUUGCAGGGGGCAAGUGCCCUAGUGACACUGAACUGCUGAAUACUAUGAUGAUCACUGCCUUUCCCUGUGGCAACAACACAAGGCCUCUUCGACCCCUUCAGGCACAUAUAUCUGUGCUAACUGGCACAGAGUGCCUUGGCCAUUCUUUUUCUCUUCGGUUUGAGCAGAACUUUCUCCAGCACAACAUAACGGAGAGCAUGGCCUUGAGGGAAGGUCUGAGGACUGGGGCUAACCCUUACUUUGGAGUACAGAAGACCUGGCUUUCAAGUCUCCGCCCAGGUGCUGAACACUCAUGUGCCAAAGCUAUGAGGGAAAAGCUUCUCCAUGCUGAGGACCUUUGGCCUAUCUCCUGCUUGGUUCAUGCUUCCCUUCCAUCCUACAUGGAAGCCUGAUCUGAUGCAUCCUAUAUGCCUUGGGCAUGGCUGGAGAAAUCUGUUUGUCUGCAAGGCAGGCUUAGAGCAAGAUGGGCCCAGUGUCUUCCCAAAGUAGCUACAACACAGUGCUUCACUGUUGGUUUUGGAUUGUGACAUUCCCCUUACUUGAGCUAAAAGAGAUCCCUCUCCUUAGCCUGGGCCUGAGAGAGUGUUAGUGAGGAAAAUUCUAGCCUUACUUCACCAGUGUGUUUUAUCUUGUGCCCUGCAUGCCUGGGUCAGUCUUGCUCCGUGCUGAACCUACCCACAGGGACAAAUAUGUUGGACCAAGCAGAGCUCAUUUUUUAAAGUCAUUGGAUUCUAAAUGGAAUUUACUUUUUCAUAGUAUUUUAACCUGCUUUUAAACACUGAUCAAAAGUUGGUGCCCUUGUUGUAAUCAAAAUAAGUGACAGGCUGCUGAUGAAUAUCAACAGCAGGAAUUGUGGAAAUUGCUAUUUCUGCUAAGCUCCAUAAUGGGGAUGGGUGUGAACAUAGGCAGCUCUGUGAGGCAGCAGAUGUCCAGCCAGCUGAUGUGGGGCAUCUGUGGGGGCAUUGCAGAUCCAGCCAGCUGGCUUGGGGAAUGUGUGAGGCAGUGCAGGUCUGUCCAGCUGGGGUGGGGAAGGCACACCAGUGCGUGGGUGGGAACAGUGAGCCAGAAGCUGAAUGUUUCUAAGGCUGGAUCAAGGGAUGUUUGAGGGCAGGACUGGGUCUGAUCCCUGCUAGAUGCUGGGGGACUUUGCCUUAUGGAGGCUACCAGGCUACUUAGUUUCCCUCCCAUAAGAGGAAGAUUCUUCCGUGUUUGGCUAGGAUAUGAAUGGUUUCAGCCUGGACAAUUCACAGCAGUAGCCAAAUAAUGUUUGGAGGUAGAGACGCUCAGCUCCUAAUUCACCUUUGAUCUCUGCUGGAGUGAGUUAGGAGGGCUGAUAUGCUGUGGAGAAGUACUCUGCCAGGAUAGACAGUGUGGGGAGAGGUGUACUUGGCCCAGUAUUUGCUUUAAGAGUCAAGGCUUACUUGACAGCCUGGGAGGAGCAUAGAGGCUGAAUGAGCCCAGGACAGCCACUCUUUUCCUUUCCCUGUGAGCACCUUGCUCUGUGUAGGCUUCAGUGUGGGGUGAGCCUGGGUGCUCUGACUGUAUCUAUAGCUGAUUCUGGCCUUGCUUGUAUCUCCCUAGAGGAAAGGCAAACCCAGCUAACUUCUCCAGGGACAAACAAGCUGAAGGCCAGGAGCUUGGAAUGGGAAGUGCCUAUGUGCUGGGGCACAAGGCCUUGACCCUACUCGCAGCCCUAGCUCUCUGGAGAGGGUAGCAAGUACCAUUCCCUGCGAGAGGAGCAGGACUGGGGGUAGCUUAGCUCCUCUCCAGGGAGGGAGCAGGGAUUGCUGCAAGUGUCUGUGUUCUGUCUUUUUUUUUUCUUUCUUUUUUUAAUGAAUUCUUGAAGUGAUGUUUCCUUUUUUUAGUGAAAUGAAGCCUGGUGCAUUCCCUGCAGGCAGGGAUAAAGCCUGCUUCAGGUCAGUGCCUGCGGGGAGCAGAUUUGAAGGGUGUUCAGGAAGCUCCUACUGCUCAUGGUGGGAAAGUGCUUGUAAAUCCUUGAAAGGACCCAGUGUAAAUGUCCCCUUUCCUCUGCAGCUUCUCAUGCCGGAGCUGCCAAGGCUCCUGGAGCAGGCACAGUAACUGGGGCUGCUUUUGCUUCUGCAGUCUGCUCUCCUGAAUGCCUUUUAUUGAAAUAUCCCUCCCAUGAUUUGGGCAAGGAACUGGCCUGGGCCUGCCUGCAGCAUCUGCCCAGUGGGUGGCCACAGGAGCUUGCAUCUGCCAAGCCCGUGGGAUUAAAUUCCCUCCUCACCUGGUCAGCCUCCUCAUGCAGAGUGCCAUAGGCAGGGGCUAGGUUCAGGGGCCUGCCUGGGCUGCUUUUUCUCCUCUCCAUAUAAGUGGGGGGCAGUAUCUGUUUAGGGAGCUGGUCUUUAUCAUUUUUCUCCUUAUCAUAGAGCUGUGUAGGGUUCUCUUCCCUAGCUUGUCUUUCAGAUUAGCUAUUAGCCUUUUCUCUGAGGGGGUAGAGAAUUUAUUCCACUUCCAGCAUCUGCAUUUUAGCACCUAGACCAUUCCCCUCUGCUAAGCCCAGUGCUAUCUUAAUGGCCCCAAUGGCUCCCUGGCCCAAGCUAUAUUACUGACAUCAGAGCCAUUGGGUGAUGCAGAUGGUGGUGGGGCCAUCUGGAUGCCUUGUGGUAGUGUCUGCUCAUUUGAUAGAGGGCUGAGGGCCAGUUUGGCCCUCGUUUCCUCUUUUAUUUGCGGAGCCCUUGUGCAAAACUUCUGGCUUUGCUUUUGUUGCUAGUGUUCCCUGCCUUCUUUUCUAUUGAUGUUUAUCAGGUGCUGGGCUGGGGUUUUCACAGUGGUAUCAGUUCACAUUCAUGUUUAUUUCCUUCUAAGCUGCACCAAUCUUAUAUUUCACAGUUUGCACUUUUUGUAUUUCAAUAAAAAUCAAAACCUAA